AUGGGCCCCUGUACCGCCUCCUCAUGCUGCUGCCAGGCCCGUAAUCUGCCAUGGGCCCCCAUACCAACUCCUCAUGCUGCUGCCAGGCCCGUAAUCUGUCAUGGGCCCCUGUACCGCCUCCUCAUGCUGCUGCCAGGUCCACAGUGUGUCAUGGGUCCCUGUACGGCCUCCCAUUGCUGCUGUCUCCAUCGCCACACUCUGCCAUGUGCCACUUUCAGGUCUCCUCACACUGCUGGUGGUUUCCAUUUUUGUCAUAGGGUGCUGUAUGGCCUCCCAUUGCUGCUGCCUCCACCGCCACACUGUGGCUCCACACUCUGGUUUUGGCCCCGUGACUGCCCAAAUGAGUGAAGUGUGCGGUGAUUCUAAGAUCGACGGCACUCAUCUGCAUGUCAUACUGACUGUCAGUAUUAUUUCUCUUCCCCAGCAGACUCCAAGGGCAUUUAAAUUAAAGGUACAGUUCUGCAAUAAUAUA